AUGGCGAAAACAUUUUCUCUUCGAAGGAUUGAAGAUUUCAAAGCAAGUUGGCCAGCUCUCUUCAAUGCCACUGAGGCACUGAAAAAAUUUGUCGUUGCCCGUCCAAAGUUGAAGGCAACUCCCAAUGGGGACAACCUUUUGAAUUACGAUUCGAAUAAAAGCUUAACUGUCAAAAAGGGGCAAUUCCGUACUGACCUUCCCGAACGUCACACUGUGAAAGUGAAAGUUAACUCGGAGAAUGCGAGGCGGGCUCAACCAGGAGACCGCACCUCACUUGAACUGCAGCAUCGGCUGGAGGCGGAGGGUACUGGUUAUAAAAUCAUGCCAUCCACAUUUCUGCUUGGAUUGUUCUUGCUGAUGUCUGGUCAAGAGUUGGACUCAGUUGAUAAAGUGGCAGAGGUCACGGCCAUGGAGGGCUCCACUGUCAUUCUGAACUGCAGUGUUCCAGUGAAGGGCAGCAUGUCAAUUUCAGUGGAGAUACUUGACUGGCUCUUCAACAACACCACAGUGGUCCACAGGCACGAGAAAGGCGCUGAUGAUCACGAGUAUCAACAUGAGCACUUCAGGGGAAGAACAGAGUUGUUUACGAAGGAGCUGCCAAGUGGAAACUUUUCAUUGCUUUUGAAGGAUGUCAAGCUGAAUGACACUGGACUCUACACAUGUCAGGCUUAUAUGUCUACUGGGUCCUCGACAAAUGAUUGUCAACUUCAAGUCAUCAAACGUUCUGAAACAGAGAGAACAGAAUCCCCACAAACUAUGUUGAGCCAGACAAUGGAUAGUAUGGCAAGGGGGCAUAUGUACCCCAUUGUGGCAGGGCUGCUCUUUCUGUUAGUAGUCAUCCUAAUCUGGACAUUCACGAGAAACGACACCAAAGAAAAAGUGUCCACAGUUUUCUGGCGCCCGAACGUGGGACAGGAGAGGACUGGCUGACUCCUCGAGCGGGACCACCUCAGUGAUCCGUCUUACCAGCGGACUGCUGUCAAUCUGAGCUCCGGCAGCAGAGUAAGCAGCUCCGGCAAAACUUAGGACUGCCCUGUCCUGAGAGGGCUCCUGCGAGAGGAGCCUCCGGUCUCCUCUUUGGCUACAUCCACGGUGACUGAACGGAUUUCCAGACAGAGUUUAAACACUUCCAGGCUGGGGUAAGUUUCGGGGAUUUCCAACCGCCUGGGAGGACGAGUUUCCUGUUGGCCGUCUAGUCAUACUCAUAUCUCAACGGGUUGCUUAAGGUGAUGGAGACUUGACCCAAGCAGUUUGACGCAUACGAAAGGUCUGACGAAGGGAUACUGGCCUCACCCAUAUCCUAGACUCGGCUGGACGUAUUGAUGUAGUAUUCUGCUGAACCGAAGCGGACACGAAGUCACCUGAGCUGGAAUCCGGGGAUGUGAGAGGACAGGCUAACGGAACGUGUAAUGGGGUGGAUGGAAAUAUAAAUAGAAAAGGGCACAGAUCUUGCAGGUUUACUGUUAGGACGGGAUAAAUAAAUCUACAUACAAAUAGGGAAAUACCGUGUUCUCCUGGGAACUGGGACAGGACCGAUAGCUAGUGUCUCCCCUUGGGACUAAAAGAAGGGAAGGUGAGGGAACAGUGAGUGGCACACUUAAUACCUCGCUAAUUCAUACGCACAAGGGAUUAGACGAAUCAGUACAUAGUUGGAAAAUUAAUACAGGACUCAGGAAGAACAAGGGGACAUAAUGGGAACUUAUAACAGUAAGCCUGCUAGUUGACGCUCUGAGGGCCCGAAAUCAUUUAUGUUGGAAGGAUUAUUUUCGGAGGAUCAGCAGAUGCCACAUAAAAAUGGGUCCCCUAGAAGCUCAUUGAAAAGAAUACAGGUUUAGAUUUCAAGAAAGCAUGCAAAAAGUGGAAUAAGCACAGUGGGGUUAGAUGAGUGAGAAACAGGAAAUUAGAAAAAUAUUAUGUAGAAAUGCACAAGGAUGUUGUAUGUAGAAAUGUACGAGGAUGUUGUAACAAAGGUCCGUGUUAUGUAUGACAGAUGGCAGUUGGUUAUUAAAGCCUGUAUUUAUUAUAAGGCAGUACAGAAAUGAAUUAUUGGCCGCGGAAAGUUAAAACCAGAAAGGAAAAAGAAUAGUUAUUUAUAGCAUCACAGAAAGUGCAGAUUUGGGACUGCAGUCGAAUGAGAAGUGGAAGAAGAGCGAAAAAAAAAAAAAGACCCGUUAUAUCCCGUACCUGCUCCCCCACCUUUCCUACACUAUCCACAUCCACAGCCCCCACCUUCUCCUCCAGCGCCCACCGCACCAGAAUUAAAAGAUGAUCCCUCGGGGUCUGGUUUCUUUGAAGAAUAUCAUUAUGAUCCCUCAUUACACACUGAUACGGGGGAUGACAAAAGUAACGUAAUUUUUCACGAUCCUAGAACCUCCAUUUCACAACGCACUAGAAGUCAAACCCUAUUCCAUCAGCCCCCUAAUCAAAACACCACCUUUCAAUCCCCCUUAAAGUCCCCCAAACCCCCAGGCCCC